UAUUGUAAAUUGUCGAUUGCAUAGUGCAUACUGUGCAUGGUGUGGGCGCGAGUGUGUCUAAUAGAGGUGUUAUAGUUGCGCUUGUAGGGAAGGAAUUGCGAUCGUAUUGAUUCCCAUGUGUUGAUAUGCUGACUGUUUCACGAGCAGCGUAAAGAGCAAUACACCACUUUCCUAUCAGCGAGUGUCUAUCGUGGUUGAGACGUCAAAGCUGAAAGUACUUGAAAGUACUUACAAACACAAAGGAAUAUGAAAGUCACAUUUAACAGGGGGGCGGGUGCUUUAGUUCGACAGUGGGGGGGUUGGAUAGUAACUAUUUUUAUCAUAGGGUAUGUUUUUAAAGCCUUCUACUACUCACAGGAAUCGAACGUGGACAACACCAGUACAGUAAAAUAUUACGGGGGUUCGCUCGGUAGCAAUGGUGCAGUUAGUCCCAGUAAGAAGCCCUCAUUUAUACCCGAGAAGGUCUUCCCUUCCAAGAUACUAGUAGUAAACGGAGCGGGUUAUAUAGGCUCACGCGUAGCUAAACACUUCUUUUCUCUCGGCCACGAUGUGACAACCGUGGACACACUCAGCAGCCCAAACACAUACGAAAAGGCACUGAAAACUCGCAGAGAGCGUGAUCUCAAGAAGAUAGGUAUCGAUACGUUUAGAGGACAGGCAUGCCACUCAUAUUUCCUGGGCCAUGUGAUCGACAUGCGUGCAGUCACGCACGUGGUGUUUGCCCCACCCAGUUUUUCAUCGCAGGAAGACUUCACGGCACUAUUAGUGUGUUUCGGCAAUAUUGCCCAGACUAUAAGCAACCACCGCCGACCAAUACGUCUUGUGUAUGGUGUUGCAGGGGCUACACUGAAGAAGCCAUCUAGAAGCCACACGCCAAAGUAUGAGGAGGAAGAGGAGGAAGAGGUGCAUGUGACGAAUAUCGACCAACCUGUGGAGUACAUCGUGUCACGUUCACAUCAUAAUUUGAAUAAGGUUCUGAGUGAAAGCAUGGCAUCUAUCGCACGGUUAUACCAAAAUUCACACCAGUUACCGGUGGUAGGGCUUGUUUUGCCUGAGAUCUCUGGUGAUGUACUUGGGCCAGGUAAUCUGUACUUCCACGUGUACGAGCAUAUCAGUGAAGGCACACCCAUACUGGGGUAUAGUGAUGCGUUGAUAAGCACGAUCAGCAUGGGACAGUGUCUUGAAGCCUUUACACACUUACUGAAAGUUCGGUAUCUAUCGCAUGUAUUGGUAGCAAUCGACCGAGAGAGCACGGAGGUGAAGACCUUGCAGGAGGUGGUGGAUGCCAUGUACAAGGAAUACUAUGCCAGCAAUAAGAAACCCAGCAGUAAACCAGACAUCAUCAUACCAAAGAGCCCAGCAAAGGAGCUUGGCGGAGAAGGUGAAGUAUCAAUGGGUGAAAGCGUGCACCGUCAUGGACCAAUUCUCGAAUACGGCGCAAUUGGCGGCAUCGGUGGUAGCAACGGUGUAGCUCUGAGCGUUGCCAUGGCAACCAGCGGAGGCUUUUCUGGCACCAUAAAAAAGAUGAUGAGUUCACUCGCAGAGUCUGAAAUGUUCCACCAAGACCACCAAGUUCUCGUUCAAAGGAACAUUGCUGCUGCAGGAAUUCCUUUUGAGGCACUCGAGGACCCGAACAAGUUCAAUCCUGAGGAGUCGGCCGAAGUAAAAGCGGCUAUAUCUAAG